AUGUUCAGUGGCAUGACGCUGGACUUCCCCGACGGCUCCUCCACCAACUUCGUUGCCACGUUGACAAGCGAUCUCGGUGGCGAGUCUGGGUUGCACCAGACUUGGCUCUGCAAGGGCAACGUGGGAACCAAACGCUGCUGCCAAUGCCUCAACAUCGCCAACCGCAACUGGGUGGGGGCAGAUAAGCUCGGGGAGGGCACCCUGCUUCAGGACUACACCUCAGCCACUGACCUGAGCAAGUGCGCGUUCCACACCAAGGAUCACAUGAAGGACACCAGAGGUGUCAUCAGGGAGGUCAUCUCAGAGAGUAUGCACAGCCUUAAGCAUGCUAGUUGGCUCGAUUUGUUGACGGGCCUGGUCGAACCGAAGGCCACCACCAAGCGCUUGACAGAGUAUUUGGGUUCGACGUUCGGUGCUGUAGAGCAUUUCGCUGCAUCGAAGACUCGUUUUAACGACGUUGCCUGGAUCGGCGAUGUCGUUGCUCUGAAGCAGCUGUCAGCAGGCUGGAUCACCGCCUGA